ACACAACUUUCGACCAUAACCACCAUGUCACUGAAACGAUGUAUUUUCUGAAGAAAUACAACAUCUCUACCACUACCCACCGCUACUGAGACCUCAGGAUAGACACUUAUGGGGAUAUGCUGUCUCUCAUUGACCUUCCCCCGGAGCUCCUUCUCCAGAUAUUCGGCAAGAUCGCGGUACAGGAUAUUCUAUCCGUGAGGCAGACUUGUCACUUUCAAUACAAUGCUACCCACGAACGAAGUGUCUGGUUUGAUGCACUAUACACUCUUGCAGUACAGCAGCAUCUGCCAUUACCUGGACUACAUAGUCGACAAAUCAUCAACCUAGACUCCUCGGAGCUGGAACGACUAGCCCGCCGUGCCUCUCGAUAUCAUCAGAACUGGACUUCCCCGUCCCCUACAUGUACCCGCCGGACUGAGAUUGACUCAAUCGAGAUCUCUCCUCAUGCCGGUGUUCGCAUUCUCGCCAUACACUUCUUACCGGGAAAAGGAGGCCGUUAUCUCUUAUCCUCAUCAUUCCUUGAAUCGUCACUGGAACCUCGAUCUAUUUCAAUGGAUUGCUGGGACGUUGAUGGUGAUGUGCCCAAACGCGUCGCUACGAUUUCCUUCUCAUCCUUUGCUUCAAUUGUCGUAAACCAGGAUCCUGAGCAUCCAGGUGUGGUAGCGGUUACUCGUCGAUCAACUAAUAAUGUCCAAGCUGAGGGUGAACCUAUUACAUCAGUCUACUCCAUCAACCUCGAAUCAGAAGAUCCUGAGUCGGUAUUCUCUCUCAUUUCCGAGUUUCCCAGUGCACGUUACCCGAUCAUCAUGCAUGGGUCCCGAUUCCUCAGCGCGAAUCAUAUAACGAACACAACACAAGUCAUAGAUACCGAGAGUGGUGACUUAAUAUGUGUCUUGUGUACACCACUCGUUAACAACGACCCUACAUUGAGCGGGUUUGAGGACUUCCGUUGCCUCGAUGCAGUCGUUUGGCAACAGUUUGUCCUGAUCUUCCGUCAGAAUUGGAUUCACUUGUACAAAAUCCCGAACAGAAGUCAGGCCUCUACGUUACAUAGCAAUUCCCCCGAUCAUCCACCGGAAAUUCGACCUGUCGCGACGCACAAAUGGCCAUGGCGUAUCGAUAGUCUCGAAGUGUCCACCCAUGAUUCUUUUGUUUCGCGUCAUGCCCGAUUCAUGUCCCAGCCCUUGCCUCCUAAUCAACCUCCGAUGAUCAAUAUUCUCCUUCGCUUCGACUCCUGGUAUCCAUGGCCUGUCAAUACACUUCAUCAUUAUACGCUAUCUCCGUGUUCAUCCUACCACAGGUCGUCUGCUGUACUCCCAUACCUUGCCGCGGAUAGUAUUCCCUUCAUGGAGACGUCUAUCACCUCACACAUGCGACUUUUCACACCUUCCGACUUGACUAUAGGUCAAUAUGGGACGGCUCUUUGGAUCGACGCUCAGUCUGACCUCACUUCCUCCACUCAAGCAGGCGACCUUGGCCAACGAUUGGCUGGAAAGGUCUUGCGCUCUGAGCGCGAUUCUUCGUGGGAUUCGGACCGUCCCCUGCUCAAGCCAGGUCUACCUGGUGUUUUACUGCUUACGAAUGAACUGGAAGAGAACAUGGGAACAUCAGGAUCGCUUGUCCCCGUUAUGGUGUUUGGGGUAUGGGAGACCCAUAGUGAAUGGAGCAAGGUUGCUGUUGAGGAGGGUGAAGGGAGGAUUGCUCUGGGAUCUGUGGAAGGCAGAAUUUGCGUGAUGGAUUACGUACCGCGAGGCAUGGAACUGUAAGACAUGGAAGAUUGGAGUGGGUAAAGCAGUUACUUGACGAGCCAUGAAAUGUGGGACUCGUUGAGUGUAUGCGGUUUUCGAAUCGCUGCUUUUGAUCAAGGUUAAGUUUGCUCGAACCUUCCGGGACGGGCUCAGCGAUGUCCAUAGUGCGGACCUUGAUCC